CAUGGCACGUUCGUGAACUGAAGGGGUAUGAUGGUCACAUCCUUGGGCGGUGUCUCAAAUGUCUCUGAUUUUGUGCCUCAGCUCGCUCGGACGCUUGACGUUACCUGCUUUGGAGAUGAGUGUGAUAGUGUCUACCAAAUUCUCGCAAGGGAGAGUGUACUAUGCAGGAGAAUCGGUGACAUGUACCAUCACAUUUACGAACCCGUUGCCGACGCACUCAACGCCACCAACAAAUAGCUCUUCCACGAAUUCAAACCGAAGACGAAGCUCUGUCCGUCCUAAUGCUACUCAUAUAUCUCGGAUGCAAUCACCGACUAACCCGUCACACUCAUCCUCGCCUCUGGUCAGGCAUAGCAGACAGAUUAGCGGUCAACACUCAAGAUCCCAAAGCAUGACCUUGUCCUCUGACACUUUGAACUCGAAAGACUCUAGCUUACCGCCUAGGAAUGGUACAUCGCAUCGAAGAACAGAGAGCAGCACCAAUAGUCUGUCGGUUUACGAUAAUAAGGAUGCUACUGUGAAUCGGAAGACUGCCUCAUUUACGGAUUUGGCCACCUCGACUUUUGCAUAUUUCACCGGCUUUUCAAUUAACGAUAAACAAGAUGAAGAGCCGGAUAAUAAUUAUAUUGAUAAAACACUGCAAGAGGAUAGUUAUGAAAAGAAAGCCAAUACAGCAUCGGAAGAUUUGCAGUUACAAGAAGAGGAUGAAGCAUCAGAGCCAUCACAGGCUAUAUCCAUAGAACUUGGAUCUAUAGACACCGACACACCCAGGUCAUCAAUAGAUACACAAAGCACGUACAUACCACGUGAACACGACAGCCGUCGUAGCAGCAUCGAUUCAACUGCGUCGUUUUCAAACCAUCCUCACUCUCACAUGUACGGCACGCCACGACUCAACUUUAUGAUGAAAUCAACUUCCACGCCUUCUUUACUAACAAAGUCAGAGCAUCUGUUAUGGGGGUUUGCUCAAGUUGUUGGACAUUUUGUCGUGGACCCAGCCAUGGUAAAUGCUAGCGAAUUUGCCCAGUUGAAGAACCGGACAAUGUAUCGACCAGGUGGUGGUAUUGGUGGCGGCGGAGGAAUGCUGGGCCGGCCCAGUGGAAUCCGUCAACCAAAUAAGAUUGAUGGCAACAGUAUACCGGUCUUUUCCACCCCUCCCUCUAUUUUGUUUGUCGAUCUCGAUAUUCUUCCAGGAGAAAGCAAAUCAUAUUUGUACAAAAUUACAUUGCCGAAAGAUAUUCCUCCAUCACACAAAGGAAGAUGCAUCCGGUUCAAUUAUCAUUUAAUUAUUGGCACACAGCGAAGCUCAGGUAAUGGUGGAGCUACAAGCAACACUAGCAUGGGACGUGGCCAUGUAGUGCAAAUGCCAUUCCGUGUUUUGAACCAUGUCAGCGCCGAUGGAUCUCGGCCUAUAUACGACCUUAUGAAUCCCGUAGUUCUAUACAAAGACGAAGCCAAAAUCGAGGCACAGGACUCCGAUACACCCAAGGCAUCUACCACACAAACCAAAAAUCACUGUCCGAAUCCAGAUGAUGCCUCUCGGAAGGACUUUUUUGCUUAUGUAGACGAGUUGGUGAAAUCGUCGGCACCAGUCAAGGCGGUCAAAUCGCCCGAGUCAGAAUCAAGUACAGCCAAAUCCAGUAGUCCACCUCUACCCCAUGCUGAAAUUACUAGGCGAGAGAGUGAUGUGUACGAUGAAAACGGUCAGGAUGAUAAUGAAGAGAAUCGGCGAGGCACAUAUAUUACGAAAGAGGGGUUCAUGGAAUAUACUGCAGAGAAGAACUGCGCGCAAAUCGUUUCAGAUGUAGUCAGAACGGGACACAAAGCCAUGUAUGAUAUAUGCAAAAGUAAUGUUAGAGUCGCUUAUCUUCACCUGAUGAAGAUAACACAUAGAUUAGGAGAACCCAUCAUGGGAAUGUUAAAUUUUCACAACUGCGAUAUACCAACAUACCACAUUAAUAUCACUCUCGAGAGCUACGAAGAAAUCGAACAAUCCAUAGCUCUCAAAUCUCCACAACAAAACAAGAAACUCACAAGAAAAAUCCACUCUGAACAUCAUGAAUUUUGCUUGAACUCUCAGCGAGUAGCGUUUUCGCUACCUAUACCUUUGAUGGCCACCCCUGAUUUCCAUACCACAGGAGUGAAGCUGAACUACUUUUUACGCUUUGAAUUUCUUACCGGUGUGCAACAGAGUGCAAGAACGGGUGCUCCUAAGGCAGUUCCUCCAUCAUACUUACCAAUCAAUGUGGAUGAGCGACACAAGCACUAUCAAGCUGUUCAGGAAGUGGACAUCAGUAGCUUUGACUGUACCAUUCCAAUUAAAGUGUAUGGCGCAUCUGGUGGAGUUGACAGAGGAAUGUAUGGAUGGUCCAGUAGUUUUGUGGUUACGGAUUGAAGGGUCCGACAAUAAUAAAUUAAAAAAAACACCGUUUUCCAAAAAAAAGCAAAG